CGGCAGAAAUGUACAUAUUGCAAAAGGCGUUUCCUCGCGCUCUUGAACUUUGCACUUCGCACGGAGUGACACUUACAGAUGAAAUGGCGGAGUCGAUGUCUUCAGAUGUAAACUGUUCAAACCUAUCGGGGGAGGAACGGAACGCGUUAUUGCGGCAGAUUGCCGGUAUUGCAAAGGACCAGGGGAACUGGAACCUUGCCUGUAAGAAGUACACAGAGAUUGGUGAACGGUUGAAGGCAAUGAAGAUGUUGAUGCGUGGGGGUGAUGUAAAGAAGGUCAUUUUUUUUGCGAGUCACUCUCGAAAUACGGAAAUUUACACUCUUGCGGGGAAUUUUUUGCAGUCCCAGAACUGGCACACGGAUUCAAAUAUCUACAAACAUAUCGUUCUUUUUUACACGAAGGCAAAAGCUUUUAGUAACCUUAUCUCUUUUAUUGAUGCCUUUGCUCAACUACAGAUUGACGAAAACCGCAACUAUUACGAGGCGUGGUGUGCGCUUAAUGAAUGUGUGCAAGUUUUGGAGCGUAACCGAGACGCUGUGUAUGGAGGCAGCAGUAUUAUGGCAAAAGAGGAGGGUCUUCGAACGCGCCGUGAUAUUGUCCAACAGGUAGUGAUGGCGCUGAAACUACUUGUUGACAGCGCAUCUGACGAGAAGAAAGCGAAGGAGCUUAUCGCUGUUUGUUCUGACCUCAUCAAACGCUCUCGACCAAGUCACCAGGACAGUGCGAAUGUUUUGGCGGCCAUUCGAAUCGGAGACGUCUUUGCACUUCUUGUGCGUUACUAUUAUGAAAACGCUCGGUCAGCGAAGGAUGCGAUGAGGGUCAUGGAGAGUAUGUUGAAGCAUGCCGUGCAACCGCGGUUUUUUGUGGAGCGGGAUUUGCUAGAGGCGGUGUGUGCCGCAAAUGGUCGAAAUGUCGCUGAGUUUCUCGUUGAAGACGCCGCGGCAGCUUCUGCCAAAGGCAAAGGCGGAAACCACGAGAGCAUUGAGGAGGAGGUCGCGGGAUUGUAG